UCUGUGUGCUGAGAUGGCGAAAAAAUACGCACUUGUCAAUAGAGCACCUUCAGACGGUUUCAAAUUUGAACUCGCAAACGCUAAAUUAGCGAGGUUUCUACAAAGACUGAGAGCGGAGAUAAUUAAGGCAAAGAAGUAUGGUGGUUCUGGGAGAUUUGGAUGCGCUGUCGUAAGCAAAUAUGGCCAUGCGCUUGCCGUUUGUUAUGUUCCUCAAGAUAACAGAUGUUAGA